UAUUAUUAUUAUUUAUUUUUUCUUCCAUCCAGCUCCUUCUCGAUUGGAUUCUAUAGGUGUUUAUGUUAGGCGUUUGGUACCCGUAAGCUGAUUCCCGAUACCCGUGGUUGCUUUAUUUGUUUUGGAUGCCUUGAAUUUGUUUUUUUCCUUGAGUGUGACUUGGUGUUGCCUUCUUACUGGGUAGCUGAUGUUUUGGAUUAGAUUUCGGGGGGCUAUUUUAGGGCGUAUUUGAGUUUUGUUGAUACUUGAAGCACUGGGUGGAAUUCAGCUCCUUUGGCUGCAAUUUUUGGGCUUUUACCAUAGACAUUAUUGAGAUUUGACACUCUUGUGAAGAAGAGAGAAGAUAAUUGCUUAGGUUAGUGCGGUAAAGUUGAGAUUGUGUUGAUGUCUGGGAUCUCUACUGAAGAGUACGGGGCAGGAGGAAGUUCAUCACCAACUGAGGGCAUGUCAGCUGGUCAACGGUGUCAGUCUAUUGACUCACUUGCGGAAUGGCGUUCUAGUGAGCAGGUGGAAAAUGGAAUACCUUCCACUUCACCUCCUUUCUGGGACACUGAUGAUGACGAUGAAUGUGGGCCUAAACCAUCUGAGCUUUUUGGGAAAUUUACUUGGAAGAUCGACAACUUUCGACAGUUGAACAAACGAGAAUUACGAAGCAUGGUCUUUGAAGUUGGUGGUUACAAAUGGUAUAUUCUGAUAUAUCCCCAGGGUUGUGAUGUCUGCAAUCACCUCUCCUUAUUUCUAUGUGUUGCUAAUCAUGACAAACUUCUUCCUGGAUGGAGUCAUUUUGCACAGUUCACAAUAGCUGUAGUAAACAAAGAUCCAAAGAAAUCAAAGUUCUCUGAUACGUUGCACCGCUUUUGGAAGAAAGAACAUGAUUGGGGUUGGAAAAAGUUUAUGGAGAUCAAUAAGGUUUAUGAUGGAUUUGUAAAUGAUGAUACGCUAUUGAUUAAAGCUCAAGUUCAAGUAAUUAGGGAGAAAGCAAAUCGUCCCUUCCGUUGCCUCGACUGCCAAUAUAGGAGAGAACUUGUUCGAGUGUAUUUAUCAAAUGUUGAGCAGAUUUGUCGACGUUUUAUUGAAGACAGAAAAAAUAAACUUGGGAAGUUGAUUGAGGAUAAAAUGAGAUGGUCAAGUUUUUGUGCCUUUUGGACAGGAAUUGACCAAGCUUCACGGCGGCGGAUGUCAAAGGACAAGUCAGAUACCAUAUUAAGAGUAGUUGUCAAACACUUUUUUGUGGAGAAAGAAGUAACUUCUACCUUAGUUAUGGAUUCACUUCACAGUGGUUUAAAGGCUCUUGAACACCAAAGCAAGAACAAGAAAGGGAAACUGAAAGUAGAGACGGAGGGUUUAUCUGAUCCAAUGGUUCAAGUUGAGAAAGAUAUGUUUGUUCUUGAUGAUGAUGUUGUACUAUUACUCGAAAGAGUUGUAUCAGAGCCCCUCCCCACAACUUCUUUGCCUCCUAAGGAGGACAAGGUUUCACUGAACCGUGCAAAAGAUGGGGGUUGUUGUGAAGAGUUCAAUAAAGAGUCUAUUGAACGUGAUGAAAGACAUCUUACAGAUUUGGGUCAAAGGACUAUAGAAAUCUUUGUUGUUGCUCAUAUUUUCAGUAGAAUUGAAGUUGCCUACCAAGAGGCUGUUGCUUUGCAGAGACAAGAGGAGCUGAUUCGCGAGGAGGAAGCAGCCGGGCAAGCUGAACAUGAGCUCAAGGCGAAGCGUGCUGCUGCUGAUAAGGAAAAACGCGCAAAGAAAAAGCAGACUAAACAGAAGCAGAAUAAUCGUAAAAGUAAGGAUCAACAGAGGGACUUAAAAUCUGCUCUAACAUUAAAUGAAAGACAACCAAAAAACUCUGCAGAUGAAAAAUUUUCUUGUGAAUUGACUUCUAAUCCGGAACACUUUAUGAGUGAGAAGAUGGACACCCAUGAAGAUGCUUCUGAUGUUUCUUAUGCUGGGGAAGAUGUUGUGGACCCCCUUCAUUCUGAUUUAGAUGAUAGAGAUGUUAGUCUUGUGAAUGGGGACACUGAUGCAUCAGAAAGAAAUCCUUACAUGGAAGUCAGAUCAAGUAGAAAUUCAAACAAGCAGCCAGAAAAGAGAAUUCCUAUCAUUGAUGAUAGUUCGUCAACCUGUUCGACUGAUUCAGUUCCUUCUGUUGUGUCAAAUGACCCUCACAAAGGAUUUUCUGGCCAUAGCAACAGAAGCCAUACUUCACCUAAUCGGGGAAAGAAUCAGCUUGGCAAAGCCUUGCUAAGCCAAGAAUCUAUUGCUGGCCAUUUUGGUGGCAUGGAGGCAGAUGCUGCUCAUUUGAAGCCUUCAAUGCUUUACGCUGAUAAGCAUCUGAUUGAAAAGCGCGAAGAAGCAGCAACAAUACAAAAGCAAGUAGUCGUUAAAAGUCAAGAAGAUGCGAAGAGCUCAUCAUCUUCAACAGUAGAACUAUCUUCUUCUUCGUCGCGCUCCGGGAGGAAGACAAAGCCGCCUUUGCAGCAGCCAAAGAAAUCACCGGAAAGUGGCACAACUCCAUCAGAUCCUUCUGCAACCAGUCUCAAUCUUACUCCAAGGCCUGCCGCGGCAGCAGCAAAAUCACUGCAUUCCAUUAGUUCGAAACCUGAAGCCCAAAAAAUGGUCUCCAUUCACAUAGCAAAGGGCGCCUCGUUACAGCCUUCCAAUCCAAUCUCAAGACCUUCAAGCACUCCUCUAAUCCCAGGUGCAUCAAGGCCAACCAGGCCUACUUUUUCUAAACUGCAAAAGCUUCCACUACUCUCCAGGUCUGUCAGUGCCGCAGGUCGACUUGGAAUUGAUCUGUAUCCAUCGACUCCAAGUCGUCUUCCUCAGUCAUACCGCAACGCCAUCAUCGGAAAGACCUCAAUGGAAUCUACUGAAUCUGGGCUGUCUCACUCUGCUUCCGUUUCCAUGAGCGAAGCGCCCAGCUCAUCUUCUAGCCAACCAUCUUCUUCCUUUUCAUCUGCAUCUAUGCUCCUUCAGAAGCCAGGCCCGCCGAGAGAACAUCAAACAAACUGCCCACCUACUUUUACCUUUGGAUCCGUUAAGCCGGAUGCAUCACCAAACCACCAUGAACGGAUAGACAAUGGUUUGCCACAAGCAGCCGCUAGCACCGCCACCACCAACACCACUACCACAACCAUUCCAAUCAUCUUAAGUGAUCUCUAUGAAUUGAACCCCAUGAAUGGCUUCGAAAGGCUCGAAAUUUCUGACGACCGACUACCCGAAAAGCCAUUGCUUUCUACUCCCUUAGUUCUGCCACCUGGCGGUGCCACGGUAGAUGAGUUUCCCCACAUUGAUAUCAUCAAUGACCUGCUCGAGGAGGAGCAGAGCAGCAUCAAUUUAUACUACCCACACCAUCACCUCCAACAGUCGUUGGGUCGCCACUAUACCUUCCCCGGCGAUAUUGCUUCUUCUGAUCUUCACUUCUUAAUUAAUAACUCAGCCCGAUACGAACAAACUGAGCAAUAUAUUGAUGAUGGCUUUCAGAACAUCUACAGCAGCCCCUCUGUAAGUCCUCUCCACCGGCUGAGAGACGGGCAGUUCCCUGCGAUGGAUCUUUCGCCGUCGCCGCCGGCUUCUUAUGCCGUUGGUGUUGGCCCGGCGGAUGGUAUGGUUCAGCUCCAUUGGCCGUAUGGCCGAGCGGAUCUUUCGACGGCAAGCCUGGGAAGUGCAGGCCCUGAUGGUUAUUCUUACCAACAAUUCUCUGACUAUUCUAAUUUAGGGAGAGGAGCAAAUAGAUUUGGAAUGUAUCGGCCUUAAUCACAAUUAAAGGAUGAUUUGUCGGUUGUUUAAUCUCUAAUAAUGUUUUUAAUGGAGGUGAUCGACGCAUCUUAGGAGAUUCUUUUGAGAGCUCCAAUCUUUCUCUACCGUUUGAAGCAUUUUUCUGAUUAGCGUUAAUGACAGUUGUGGUUUAUUUAGGUGCUGCAGAAGCAAAUGGCUUGAGCUUUAUGGUGCUGUGGAAUCCAUUUUCUUAUUCAC